AUGUUGUCUGCCUUUGCGCGCAAGUCGAAAGCCGCCAAGCCGGCCUGCACACGAUCGGAUGAGAUGCCAGCCUCCGAGACAAAUAAUCACUGUGCCCAGUCGGCCUCGUUGGGGUCUCGGGUGCGCCAGACAACGAAGAAACGCUCCACUUCCUUGGUACCCCUCAGUUUCCUGACACCGCAUCUCCGGCCAACCAAGCAGCUGAGCGCUGGUACCAGCUCUGCCGCCAGCGCCACCACCAGUGCCCGGCUCGUCGUCUCCGAGGGCAGAGCCGGCUCGGCGGCUCCUGAACCGUCGGUCGGGCGCAUCGGCAACUGUACCAGCCUCAAUAGACGUCAGCUCAUCUCGCCAACCGUCACGUUCCAGUCGCAUCUGCCCACCCGCGUCUGGCAGGCCUCGCCCAGUCCAUCGCCACCGGAUGCCUCCAGACAAUUGGCCCAAGUGCGGAUGAGUUCGACUUCUGAUCUGGCGCCAAGGGAGCAACUGGAGGUCGGCAUGUGUCGGCAAGACCAGACCUGGGCAACAGGCCAUAUCGAGGCUGUUUCGAGGUUGCUGAGACACCGGCCUCGAGGACGAAGAAGGCGACAGUCAAGCCGUGCUGUUGGUGGACAGUCGAUCAAAGACCGUGACAACCGGUCUACAACCACCGAAAGUUUCUGGUCGGAUGGACUGGAGAGUAGUGAAGACACCAGUCCGUCAAGUUAUGCUCAAAGUCGUGGGGAGAGUUCACUUUCUGUCGGGACAAGCAGUCUCCUCAGUCCUGAUAACUCAACCACCACCACCACCAGCAGCAGCAGUAGUAGUAGUAGCAGCAGCCGAAGUGAAAGCGAAAAUGCUCUGAGUCUGAGCAGAGCCAGCCUCACCAGCAGCUCGAGUAGCACCAGCAGUAGC